UUGCCUGCAAGCAACAACAACAACAACAACCAAUGAUGCAUCAGCACCAGCCAAACGCGCACACGCGCGCAAUUGGAAACACCCACCUGCCUGUCCGUGUUGUGUUGGUGGCGAUCACGGCGCUGCACCUCCUUGCCGUGCCAGCGGUGGUGACCGCCAUCUCUGAGACUGAGGGUGCCAUCAGUGGCAACGCAACGACAAGGGCUGCGCUCGUGGUUGAUGGACAAGGCAAUGUGCUGCUGCGCGCACCAGAUGGAGGAAACGUGCUCCUGAACCACGUGGAUGUUGUCCAGACCAUCACCAGCUUGCAGGCGACCGUGGCGGAACAGCAGCGCCAACUGACGUCCCUCACACAGGCGCUGUGCGAUCAGAAAGGGCUGAGCUUGCGGCGGCGGCUUGAACCUGGUCGCUUUGACGAAACGCGCAGCACCCUCUUCACCCUUGAAGGCAACGUAUACCUGAUCACCGUCAGUGCCAGCUCCCCACUGAGCUACAUCUACAACCUCACUGAUCCAGGCGCUGUUUCGUCACUUGGAUCUCUUGAGCCCAUCAACACCAUUUUACACGAGGGUCCCUCAGCGGCAAGGUGGACAUUCUACAACCCACCAAAUGGUCAACCAUUCCUAGUUCGCCCCAAAUCACUUGCCCAAAACGUCGUGUACCUCCUCGGACAGCCCCUGCAAGGUUCAUCGGGUUUUCAAAUUGACCCAACCUCGUACCCAGGGAUGGAGCCCUCGAGCUCCGCUGUUGACGCCGUGGUGCUGCCACACGCUGAUGCCGUGGAGCUUCCGUUUGUUGUGUUUGCCAGAGUCGACCGAGUUGCAGCACUCGUGUAUAGCAUCGGUGCGUCGCUCCAAACACUGCCGGUUAUGUCUCUCAUCCAGCGUAUGGAGGCAACCACCCUCGGCGGGGAUCCAACGCUUGUUGUGGCAACCAUCGAUGCCGUUUACCUGUUUGCUUCGGAGUCAGGAGCACAAGAUCUGGCACAGCGACCGCCACUUGACAUUGGCGGUAACAUCACCUCCAUCGCCCAUACGCCGCACACGACCGACGCUGGCGACGAGGGCAUUUUCCUCAUCGCCACCAAGAGCGGGCGCUACAGUGAGCUGCUGUUUGUGACCAAGGCCUCAUACCGCGAACAUCAGCGGCUGCCGGCUGCAUCCUCGGCAAGCUUUGCGACAAUCGACGGUGUACUGUCGUUACUGCUCGCUGUACCGAUAGCGGGCCACAGCAUCGGUGACGUUCCUGACUUGAAGCUGAGCCUGUAUGCGUACAGUACGUCCCAGCGCAUGUUUGUGGAGGUGGAGUCUGUUGUGGACACCGCACCUGCACGCAGCACGUGGGCGUAUUUCUCCGUCAACGCACGCCACUACCUCCUGCUUGACAAAGCCGCUGAAUACUCCGAACAGCCACCUUCCACCGUCCUCCAACGCUUUUUCCCGCAGUGCUUGCACGCGGCCUUGGACCAGUAG